UCAAGCGGUCCCGAAGUCCUGCUGAACACCUCUUCUCCCAAAGGUCGGAGCCACUGAAGGCAGGGCUACCGCCGGGAGCUGUCAAACUGAUUGGGGGUGGGCCAUCCUGGGCUUUGAUAAGUCGCACGCUCCAGGGUCCCGCCCAGUCGACCGGCCAGGGCUCUGGGACCCGAGGCACUCCAGCGGCAUGGCUCCCACCGGCACAUCAAGGAGAUCCCGACGGAGGCGGCUUGUUUUGAGGCCGUGGCAGAAAGAGGCUCUGCAAGCGUCGUUUCAGCAGAACCGGUACCCUGGCAUCACCACCAGAGAACGACUGGCCCGAGAGCUAGACAUUCCAGAGUCCAGGGUCCAGGUGUGGUUCCAGAACCAGCGCACGAGACAGCUCAGGCAGAGCCGAUUGGGGUCUGCAAACGCCCAAGUGGAAGGGCCAUCGUGUGGACAGGAACAGCCUCCAGCUUGGACUCCAGAACGUUUCCCAAAGGAGGGCAGGAGAAGACGGAUAGCCAUUUCUCCAUCCCAAACCAGUCUCCUCCUUCAAGCCUUUGAGAAGAACCCAUUUCCUAGCAUUUCUACCAGAGAACACCUGGCCAGACUCACAGGCCUCCCGGAAUCCCGCAUUCAGGUCUGGUUCCAGAACAGAAGAGCUCGGCACCCAGGGCAGAGCAGAAGUGGCCCCGCGAAUGACCGGGCGGCAAACCAGGAAGCCAUUCCUCACCUGACUGUCGCGGGGGACCCCGGCCCCCUGCCCGGUGUCCCCGAAUGCUCUGAGCUUCUGGCUCCUUCCAAUCCUCUGGGAAGCAUGCAGGCUCUUGCUGCAGUGAUGCUUCCUGAUCUCUCCAUGGGCUUUGCCCCUCUGGUUUCCUGUGGGGGCCUUGGGAGCCAGUCCCUGGGGGCCACUACGGCCCCGCCCACCCAAGCCUGGCAGGGAGGAAGCAACUCUCCCACUCCUGAAGCCAUGAGGAGCCAUUCCCUGAUGGGACCGACUCUGGGAGGGUCCCUCUCAGCUCGUCACGCACAUCUUUGUCCCCUGACCCAAGGGGAAUGCCAGCGGCAACAGGAGCACCCUGGCAUGGCACCCCUGCCCUUCCAAGAUGACAAUCCCCUGCCUCCAGAUGACAAUCCUUGCCAACCCGUGCAGGAGGCAGGGCCCUUGGGUAGCCACUAUGCCCCGCAGUGGUUGGGCGAGGUGUCCCGACUUGUCGUGAGCACAGGACAGGCUCCGGAUGCAGCAGUUGGGCAGCCUGCACACGCUGAGACCCCUGGCUGGCGGUGGCAGGCACCCCCUACCGCUGGGCUCUCUGUUGCCCUGGACCCACAGCACCCAUCUUCUGCAGAAGCCUCAAGUUUCUUAGAGGAGCUUCUAUCAGCCACAGAGAGGGAGGAAGACACACAGCCUUUUCCGAGUGGGCAUCUGCGGCAGGAGGAGCCUCCGGGACCCCUGGAAGCACCCCUCAGUGAGGACGAGUUUCAGGCCCUGCUGGCCAUGCUGCACGAUUCCACAUGGCCUCAGUCCUAGGACCAGGGAGGCCUCGUCCUCCCCACUCCCCAUUCCUUUUCCGAGAGGCAGUCCUUACGGGACAGCAAGGCCAAGGAACAGGAAGCAAUGCUCAUGCUCCAGAGGAAGCCCGAGGCCUAAAGGAGCAACUGUCUCUUGGAAAGAAAGAAGGGCGUUCCUCAAUGCCCCGUGGACGGGGCUCCGUGGCAUUCCCGAUGGUCAUCAAUCUCCACAAGGCACCUGAAGGCUUCAAGGACACUGGGCAGUUUACACCCUCCACGACACCUGACUGACCACUGGCGGGACACACACCGGCCCUCCUCCCUGCCAUCACCCUCGACUCUGGGGCCAGGGAAACCCUGGCCCUGGCAGCAAACCCAAGCAAG